CUCCCUUCCCUGUUGGGCAACAACCGCCCAUUCUCUCUCUCUCUCUCUCUCUCUCUCUCUCUUCGGACCGUCAUCCCCCGUGGCGGCACUCUUCCUCCAUUCGCCAAAGACAGCAAAGGCGGCCGAAUUGAGUGAUUUCUGGACCGAACGGCUGAUGCUCUCUCUCUCUUUCAAGCUAAAAGCCUCUCCGAUGCCCAUCGGUCGGUCGCCCAUCCUCCCUUGCUCGACCGUAGAAUAAAAAGCGACUCGGCUUCGAAAUCUGGCGACCUGUUUUUCGGGGGUCCCCUUCAAGAAGCCCGAUCGCUUGUCUGGAGACUCGGCGGAACCCUUCGGUCUCCCGUCCCGCGCCGACAUGGCCGAGGACGAUGUGGAGCGUCAAGUUGAGAAGCCCACCCCGGCUGAGCGAUCGGUCCAUGUGGUGUUCUACAUCGGGAGUUGGAUCUUCUUUUCCAAUUUGACCAUCCUCUUUAACAAAUGGAUCAUCGACAGUCGGGGAUUCAAAUAUCCCGUGAUCCUGACAUGUUGGCACCUCAUCUUCGCAUCCGUCGCGACCCAGGUCCUGGCCCGGACCACCACGCUGCUCGACGGGCGCAAGAAGGUCAAGAUGACUGGGCGUACCUACCUGCGCGCGAUUGUGCCCAUCGGCCUGCUCUACAGCGCUAGCCUGGUCUGCAGCAACAUGGUCUACCUGUACCUCAGCGUCGCCUUCAUCCAGAUGCUCAAGGCCGCCGCACCCGUCGCCGUUCUCCUGACGAGCUGGGCCUGGGGCGUCGAGGAGCCCUCGCUCAAGCGCUUCCUCAACGUCCUGCUCAUCCUCGGCGGCAUUGUGUUCGAGGCCAUGCGCCUCGUCAUGAUCCAGGUCCUGCUGUCCGGGGACACCCAGAAGAUGGACCCGCUCGUCAGCCUCUACUACUACGCUCCCGUCUGCGCCGUCAUGAACAUCAUCAUUGCCAUCGGCUCCGAGGCCAACACCUUCGACCCGGCCGAUCUCGCCAGGGCCGGCUGCGGCUUGCUGCUGCUCAACGCCAUGGUCGCCUUCAUGCUCAACAUUGGCAAAACAUCCGGCCUCGUCAUGACCCUGACCGGCAUCCUCAAAAACAUCCUCCUCGUCAUCCUCUCGGUCAUGAUCUGGCGCACGACCAUCUCGUGGCUGCAAUUCUUUGGCUACACCAUUGCCCUGGCCGGCCUCCUCUACUACUCCCUCGGCGGGGAGCAGAUCGCGUCUCUUUGCCAGGCCGCUUGGGCUUUUGCCAAGGGCGGCGCGGACGAUCAGCAGGGGGGCGGGCUACCGCCUGCUGUGCGCAGGGCGCUGAUUCUAGCCUUUGGCGCCUUGGUCGUCAUGUUUCUUGUCGGCGCGUUCUUUGAUGGAGGGGACGUUAUGAGGCGGUUGGGCGGGUUGGGGACGUCGUAGGUUUGGACCGAGUGGGAUGGUGAGAAUGGGAUUCUUGGAUGGGACAUGCAUGACGUUAAUAAGGAUAAGGUUAACUCCCUCCCCUUGAGGGGAAACGGGGGGUUCCUGUGCACAUACAAUGGUUCUGAUUUCACCGCUCGCAAUGGAAGCACCAAACCAUGUGGUCGCUCUGGUCUAGCAGAGAACACUGUGAUGAUCCAAAGAGACUUGAAACUGUCAUCGGGCUUGCUGGUUGGUGGUCAGGACAUCUCGAGAAGACAAUAUACAGGAGAGGAGGGUUGACUAGGCCCCUGUCAC